ACCCACACACAUACAUACCAAUGCUCCAUAUUAAUAAUAUUCCGCAACUUGCUUAAAACAAUAGGAAAUGAUUAAACAUAAUUGCUGUAAAUUGGCAUAAAGAGUAGACAAAUUGAAUUAAACAAUGGCAGAUAGAGCUAUCAAGUUGCUGGUCAUUGGCGAAAGUGGCGUGGGCAAGUCCAGCCUCAUACGUCGAUUUGUCGAGAACAAGUUCGAUGAGAAUCAUGACGUCACAAUUGGAAUGGACUUUAAAAGCAAAGUCAUGAACGUGGAUGGAAUUGACUAUAAGGUUGCACUUUGGGACACAGCUGGAGCAGAGAGAUUUCGCAGUCUUACGCCCAGCUUCUAUCGCAAAGCCUUGGGCGCCAUUCUAGUAUAUGAUAUAACAAAUCGUGACACAUUGGUUAAACUGGAAGCCUGGCUGGCCGAAUUGGAUAGCUACAGUGAUAAUCCCAAUAUAGCUAUUAUUGUGGUCGGCAAUAAGAUAGAUCAGGAUCGUGUGGUCGAUCGUCAGGAGGGACGUAACUUUGCCCGUAAACAUCGAGCCCUCUUUAUUGAGACAUCUGCCCGUUGUGAUCAGUUUGUCAGCGAUGUGUUCAAGGAAAUAGUCGAGAAGAUUGUUUCAUCCGAAUAUUUUGACAAUGGACAAAUGAAUCCCAAUGGCAUGGAAAUCGGCAGCAACGAUUCGGAUCUGGAUGGAAAUGCAUCAACAUGUUAUUGUUGAUGCUCUUUCGUUUCUCGUCUUUUUUCUAUUGUUCUGUCUAUCAUGUAUUUAUUCAUUGAAUUCAUUGUUUUAAUAUCAUUAGCAUUAAAAUUCAAUUUCAAAACUCUAAAUCUCUUGUACACGGUCUAAGGCUGCCAGUUACCACCCUUUAAAUAUAUUUAAUGUAAAUAUAAAACGAUACAAUAUGAUAUAAUCUAAA